AGGAGAUAUAUCGAAUCGGAUCAAGGGAACGAAAGAAGAAGACCCCCCGACUCACCUACGGAAUCAAUUCCCCAGUCAUUCAUUCAUCAUGGCGGACCCGUUCAAGGCUCGCACGCUGAAACGCAAGAAUGUCAAGGGCCUUGCCUUGAAUGCCACGCCGAAAGCGACCUCGAACCCAUCCGACGGCGAUGCUCAGGUUCCCGGCGCCAUUGGAAACACAGACGGCAACAGGGCGGACACGUUGGAGAUCGGACUCGAGUUCCAGCUGGAUCUCCGCAGCGAGGAUCUCGUCCCGCUCAAGGAGCUCGGCGCCGGCAACGGAGGGACGGUCUCGAAGGUGAUGCAUGCUACAACCAAGGUGGUGAUGGCCAGGAAGAUCAUCCGCGUCGACGCUAAAGAGAAUGUGAGGAAGCAGAUCCUCCGCGAGCUGCAGGUGGGCCAUCACUGCAACUCCCCUUACAUUGUGACUUUUUAUGGGGCGUUUCAGAAUGAGGCCCGAGAUAUUGUGUUGUGCAUGGAAUACAUGGACUGCGGGUCCCUGGAUCGCAUCUCGAAAGAUUUCGGCCCCGUGAGAGUCGAUGUGCUGGGCAAGAUUACCGAGUCGGUGCUGGCUGGGCUGGUCUACCUGUACGAGGCGCACCGCAUCAUGCAUCGCGACAUCAAGCCGUCCAACAUCCUCGUCAACUCGCGCGGCAACAUCAAGCUGUGUGAUUUUGGCGUCGCCACCGAGACCGUCAACUCCAUCGCCGACACGUUUGUCGGCACCUCCACCUACAUGGCUCCGGAACGUAUCCAGGGUGGCGCCUACACCGUCCGCUCGGACGUGUGGAGCGUCGGCCUCACCGUCAUGGAGCUCGCCGUCGGCCGGUUCCCCUUUGACUUGGUCGACGGGCCCGCGGGCGACCGCGCCAGUGUCGGUCCCAUGGGCAUCCUGGACCUGCUCCAGCAGAUUGUCCACGAGCCGGCACCAAAGCUGCCCAAAAGCGAUGCCUUCCCCCCGAUCCUACAUGAGUUCGUGGCCAAAUGUUUGUUGAAGAAGUCCGAGGAGCGGCCAACCCCGCGAGAGCUAUACGACAAGGAUGCCUUCCUCCAGGCCGCCAAACGCACUCCCGUCGACCUUCAAGAAUGGGCCAUCAGCAUGAUGGAGCGUCACAACCGCAAAUCCUACCUGGCACCCCCGGCCCCUAAAUCUCUCAAGGACACCAGCAGCUCACCACAGGUUCCUCCGCCACGUCCGAGCAGUAGGCCAUCCAGACCACCGCAGCAACCGCCACAGCAACAGCAGCAACAGCAGCAACAGCAGCAGCAGCAGCAGCAGCAGCCGCCACCGCCGCCGCAUUCUGUACCCUCAAGACCUCCCCGAGCGAGCCCAACCCCAAGCUCGAUCUCCGGCGACAUCCCGCUGAACAUUGCCUCGGACGCUCGGCCCAGCUCCAACCCGCGAUACCACUACUCCUCCUCUCGCCAGAAUUCGUACUCGGACUCGCGUCAGAAUUCCUACUCCUCCUCCUCUCGCCAGAAUUCCUACUCCUCCUCUCGCCAGAAUUCUUACUCCGACUCCCGCCAAGCAGCGUACGCCGACCCCACCCGUGCGCUGUCCCUCGAGCAUCUCUCCCUCGAAAGCCCGCCGCUCGACCGUCGCGAUCGAGAGUACUACCAUCACAUCCGCGAGCGAGAGCGCGAGUAUCAUUCCGCUCGAGACCGCAACGGAGACCGAGAGAGACCAGGCCGUCGCCCCUCCCGACCUAGCCUUUCCACCCCAGACUACUCCUCCGUCCCUUCUCCCAUCGACAGCUCUGGCUCCAUCUCUUCCCCGUUGCGGCCCCCGUAUAUGCCCCGCUCGGCGAGCUCCCAUAAUACACGCAUCGGCUCUUCCUCUUCUUCCUCUUCCUCUUCAAGACCCGCUCUCCCGCUACAGCCUGCUGCCUUGCCUGUCCGGCCUGCCCCGUCGGCGUCGGCGUCGCCUGUUUCAACCGGGUGGCGCCAUGCAAAUGAAUAAAUCCUCUUCCUCUCUCUUCUCAUUUCAAAUCUGUUCUUUCUUUUCCUCGUAUUCAAUCUUCGUCAUGUUUUGAUAUUAGAUGCAUGGAGGGCGUUAGUCAAUUGUAUAGUUCUAUCUACCUUUCAUCUUCGUAGUCUCCAUAGCUCUUUCAUAGCAAGAUACUCAAUCCUAUUCAAUCAUUGCCUGAAAAGUACCUACCUACCUAGUUAGGUAGGUAAUUCUUCACUUAUCUAUACCCCAACACCCCAC